GAUUAGUCAGUCAUGCCUGAUUUUACCUAGCAUUUCAUUUUCAGAGCCAGCAUUUGACCCCAGCACAUCUACUAAUAGAGACACCCUAGCAACACUUUGAGAUAUGGAAUACAUAAUUUGGACGUGCCGGUCGCAGUGGUGGUAGUGGCUUGUCCAUUUGGUGGCCAUGGGAGCAACGAAUGGCAGGCAAAGUAGGGCUGCCAUUCUUACCAUUUCCCCCAUGAAAAAUGAAGCAUCUAGUUUGACUUUUAUUUAAAAGAUAAUGCCUGCUACAUGGCUGCAACCUCAAACGGCAGUAAAAGCGGUCCUCAACAGGAUUUGCUUGGCCACCCUGCUGUCCUCUAUGAAAGAGCCAUCUGAUCCCCGAUGCACCAGUUGGCUCCAAGUCCUAUGGAUUCAUUGCUGAAGCAGCGCUGGGGAUAAAGAACACCGACCCCAGCACUCGUCUCAAACUGGUAAAAGGGGUGCAGGAAGAUGUGGGCGUGCUUGGGUGGGACGAAACUGAUCCGAAGAAGGAUUACUCCUACGAUGUUAUGAUAUGUGCCCCACCCCCCCUGGUCAGGAUGAUGAAACGAUCCAGAAUUAUGAAGCGAUAUACAAGCAGCUGUUCACCAAUGUCGAAGACAGUUCAAUCUGCAUACCUGAAGAAAUUAAGACUGCCUCGGAGUUGCUGUCCACUUUUGCUGAAGCUAUGGCAACGUCCACGUUCAAUGACGACAUCAUGGAAGCCAUGACAAGCGACAAUACUAAAACUCGCGAUGUCGCCGCUGUCGCUGGGAGAAUCAAACAAGCAAGAGAUAAAAAACAAAAAGUUGCAAAUAUCGAUCUUCCUUCAGUCUUCCCAGGGAUUUUGGACAUGAAAGAUGCAGCAGCCAUGGCCAAGGCGGGUAUCAGGGUUGUCAAGGCUAGAGUCACCAAAAAGACGUCACUUCCUCAUCCUUAUUUGCUUGCUGUCAAGGCAGCAGCGAAUUGGUUUGCUGGUCGAAACACACCAAUGUUACCAGCAGGUUCUGUGAGCGACUUGUGGUCUGUUUCUGAUUAUGACACUCAUGGCUCAUAUUACAAUGACGAUUUUUAUCCCCAACCGGCAGCACAGGAUGAUCUCGCUUCAGUCUGGUUCACAUGUCCAUGUUGAGCUCUUUUCUUGUGACUGAGGUACUGGCAUAAAUAACCACAUCUAAGAAGCGCAUUUUGGGCAGAAAGUGGUAAGGUCAACUA